GACACUCUCAAACUCCUCACGUCUCUGUUAUUGGAUGAUGUAUCCGUGGACCGUGAGACGACACAAGCACAGAAUGGCGAGAAAAACAGAGUGAGUGAGGAAGAAAAUUGCUCGUUAUCAAAAACCCAUCACCAUAAUCAUGUCUCUUUCUCUUUCUAUUUCUAAUCGUCAAUCAUAUCUCAUUUUUUCUCAAACUAUUCAACCCACACCACCAAUCUCUGUUAAAAUUCAUCCCAAAAUAUCCUAUUCGCCCACCAAAACAAAAUCUCAAUCUUCCUUCUCUCUAUCUUCUUCUUCCGAGAGAAGACUUGGUUACAUUUCGGCUUCGAUUAAUGGGGUUUGUAUGCAAAAUUAUUCAGAAGAAUCUCCGAAACUUAACGGAGAAAACAAUGUUGAAAAUAAUUUGUAUGAGAAGCUGAGAAGAUGGGUUGGUCUUAUAAGAUCGAUAUUGCCUGGAGGAAGUUGGUGGAGCUUCUCUGAGGACGUCCAAGUUGUUAUGACCGCCAAACCGGUCACUGUUCUCCGGGCUCUUAGUAAAAUGUGGGAGUUAAUAGCUGUAGAUCGAUGGGUCAUCUUCGCCGCCUUUUCUGCCCUAAUUCUCACAGCUCUUUCAGAGAUUUCCAUUCCACAUUUCUUGACAGCUUCAAUCUUUUCGGCACAAAGUGGUGAAAUCUCAGUUUUCCACCGGAAUGUGCGACUCUUGGUAUUGCUGUGCUUCACUUCAGGAAUUUUCAGUGGUGUAAGAGGUUGCUGUUUUGGCAUUGCAAAUAUGAUACUCGUCAAGCGAAUGAGGGAAAAAUUGUACUCUGCUCUUCUUCUUCAGGAUAUAUCCUUUUUCGACUCUGCAACGGUUGGUGAUUUGACGAGUAGACUCGGGGCAGAUUGUCAACAAGUAUCACGUGUUAUUGGGAACGACCUUAAUUUCAUAUUGCGCAAUCUUCUUCAGGGAACAGGCGCAUUGAUCUACUUGUUGUAUUUGUCAUGGCCACUCGGAUUAUGUACAAUGGCAAUAUGCUCCACUCUAGCAACCAUUAUGCUGUUCUAUGGCCAGUACCAGAAGAAAGCAGCAAAAAUAACUCAAGAGUUCACUGCAUCUGCCAAUGAAGUUGCACAAGAGACACUCUCUUUGAUGAGGACUGUUCGAGUUUAUGGAACCGAACAACAAGAAUUUGGAAGGUACAAACAUUGGCUGGAGAAAUUAGCUGACAUAAGCUUGCGACAGAGUGCUGCAUAUGGAUUCUGGAGCUUCAGCUUCCACACUCUCUAUCACGCCACACAGGUUAUUGCUGUGCUGAUAGGAGGAAUGUCUAUUCUGGCUGGCCAUAUUACGGCAGAGCAACUUACAAAGUUCAUAUUAUACAGCGAGUGGCUGAUAUAUUCAGCAUGGUGGGUGGGGGACAACUUGUCAUCAUUGAUGCAAUCAGUCGGGGCAAGUGAAAAAGUUUUUCAAUUGAUGGGUCUUUCAUCUAGCAACCAGUUCAUUAUGAAAGGAUCACAGUUGCAAAGCUUGCUCGGACGUAUAGAGUUUGUGAAUGUUUCUUAUUACUAUUUUUCAAGGUCAAUGGUACCUGUGCUGCAGCAUAUAAACUUCUUGGUUCAUCCUAAUGAAGUGGUUGCAGUUGUCGGUCUUAGUGGCAGUGGGAAAAGCACUCUAGUGCACCUUAUGCUCCGUCUUUAUGAACCAACAAAUGGUCAGAUUCUAAUUGAUGGCUACCCUCUCAAAGACUUGGAUAUCAAGUGGUUCAGGGAAAGGAUUGGAUAUGUGGGACAGGAACCUCGACUUUUCCGCAUGGAUAUCAGUUCAAACAUAAGAUAUGGAUGUACCAAAGAUGUUGAGCAAAAGGAUGUCGAGCGGGCUGCCAAGCAAGCCUAUGCACAUGACUUCAUUUCAUCUCUACCUAAUGGUUAUCAAACACUUGUUGAUGAUGAUUUGCUUAGUGGUGGACAAAAGCAGCGAAUCGCUAUUGCUAGGGCCAUUCUCAGGGAACCAAGUAUUUUGAUUCUUGACGAAGCCACUAGUGCUCUGGAUGCAGAGAGUGAACACCAUGUCAAGGGUGUUCUUCGUGGUGUCAGAAAUGACAAGACAAAGAGGACCGUUAUAAUAAUUGCACACCGGCUCUCUACCAUACAAGCUGCUGACAGAAUAGUGGUAAUGGAUGAUGGUCGAAUUGUUGAGAUGGGCAACCACUUGGAGCUUCUCUUAAAAGAUGGUUUGUAUGCACGAUUGAUCAGAAGACAAGCUGAUGCUGUGGCAUGAUGUUACAGCCAAUUGUUGCCUAUAUACUUCCUGUCACAUGCUGUAUAGGAGUCCAGCGAAUUCUUUUUGUUGCCAACCGUGUCAAUCAAUAUCACCCCACAACAAUAAUUCGAAAGUCCUGUUUGACAAAAAGGAGGUGUCAUCAUCGAAGCAGUUUUACCACCUUGGUGUCUUCAAAGUGAGAGAGGCAGCUUCAUACAGAGUCUGCUGCUUCAAAUAUUUGUUCUCAAUUUAUUUACUUUUAUACAGGCAAAGGCCCAAGCUGUAGCUCAUUUGAGAGAACAUGAGGUUAAUUACGGUGUUCAUGUCUACUCUCAUCGAUCUUUAAACUGUGCAUGCCAGGGGUUCUGUAACUACAUUUGACAUUUUAAUCAUAAUCUUACCAGGGGGCAAACUGCUUGCUGCUUAUAAAUGUCCUUGACUUAAAGCUCAGUCUUCUAGCUCAGCUCAUUUGGCAAAUAAUCUGC